GAGUUGGCCAGUACACAUUUUAGGGUGUUAAGAUGGAGCGUGUGUGUCUGAUCCUCCUGCUGAUGAGUAAAGCCAAUCCAGUUCUGGCACAGUUCAAUGGAUACAAUUGUGAUGCCAACUACCACAGCAGGUUUCCUGCUGAGCGGGACAUAAGCGUGUACUGCGGGGUUCAGACUAUUACCCUGAAGAUUAACUUCUGCCCUGUGCUGUUUUCCGGUUACACCAUUGCCGACCUCGCACUCAACGGUCGUCAUGGCGAUACCCACUGCAGAGGCUUUGUCAAUAAUGACACGUUCCCCACAGCAGUACUGUUCAGCAUUAGCCUCAGCACACUGGAGGCCUGUGGCAACAGUCUGGUGGUGACAACAGCCUACGGGCCUAAUGCCUAUGGGAACAUGUCACUGGUGCAGAUUGGAAAUAUCUCUGGGUACAUCGACACUCCAGACCCACCAGCCAUAAUCAGCUAUCUGCCCGGCCUGCUCUACAAAUUCAGCUGCAGCUACCCCCUGGAAUAUCUGGUCAACAACUCCCAGCUGGCAUCAUCAUCAGCUGCAAUAUCAGUGAAGGACAGUAAUGGAACCUUUGUGAGCACAUUGAGUUUGAUCCUUUACAAUGACUCAACCUAUUACCAACAACUCUCUAUCCCAAUGGCUGGACUGGCUUUGAAAACCAGAGUUUUUGCUGCAGUAAAAGCAACAAACCUGGACAAACGAUGGAAUAUCUUAAUGGACUACUGUUACACCACUCCCUCUGGGAAUCCCAACGAUGAACUGCGCUACGACCUUUUCUUUGGGUGCUACAAAGAUCCACAAACUACUGUAUUUGAGAAUGGAAAGAGUCAGAUGGGCCGUUUUGCCUUUGAAGUGUUCCGUUUUGUCAAGCACAGACACCAGAAGAUGUCCACUGUGUUUCUGCACUGUGUCACCAAGCUGUGUCGGGUGGAUGACUGUGUCUUGCUGAUGCCGAUCUGUGGUCGUCGGCGUAGACGGGACACAGAGAGCCUGGAGUCUAGGCCGUUGUCAGGGGAUGCCAUCAUCACUGCUGGACCCAUCAUCACCAGAAGUGAUGAAACUCCAAUGAAUAACUCACAGCUCGCUGCAUCGAGUGGCCCCUCCCUGUCGUUGAACCCAGUGACCAGUGCUCUUUUGUCAGGUGUGGUCAUACUGGGCGUAUUCAGUCUGGGUUUCUUCCUGCUCUCGAUUCGUCUCCUCUAUAGGCCCCGCCUCACUACAGCCACACCCUCAGAAGCAUGGAACCCUGGCUUCAAAUAAAUCUCUUGAGCGUGCAUGUUUGGUCUGCCUCCUUCUCUCUUUUUUCUUUCUGUAAUUCCCUAAACUCUCUCUCUCUCCCUUGCUCCAUCUCUCUCGCUAAAUGUAACAUUACCUACAAUAUGUAUUUGCUGAGUAGAUAAAAUAAACAGGUGAAAUGGUGUAUUGUAGGUAAGUCCCACCCUAGAAUUUGGGGCAAUGGAUGGCUGCACACCAAUAGAUAGCCUCAGUCCUCAAGUUUCCAGCCAACUUUGUGGAUAAAAUACACUCUCAUAAGGUAGUGCACUUAAAUGCUACUUCUUUGCUCAUGUUUAAUGUCUCAAAUACAAAAAUGAAAAUCAAUAUGUUUCUAUCACAUGUUUAACUCUUCUAAUAAUCUUGUUACAAAAAUAUUUUAAAAGUUUUUGUCCAACUCUGGUCAUGCGGUUGCACUCUACAUUGCCAAGAACUCUCAAAUAGAGUGUAGGUAGGCUUCCUUAGGGCAGGACUGUCAGCAGACUAAAACACUUCAAUCGGGGCUGAUCGGGUGGGGUAGCAUUGGUGCUCAGCUGUAGUUUUUACUACAAGCUCAUUUUGUUCACUUUCAGCACCCUGUGGAGUUGCUUGUAGCCAAAUUGAAUCUGUAACCUAAUAAAAUACAUGUAUUUCAAAGUCGUAGUGAUAAGAACAUAGGCAUAAUCAAUGCUUGCAUGACUCCUUG